AUGUCUGAAAUUAAAAUCGACCGUGCCUUGUAUAACAAGCGCAUAGAUAUGAUUCAUAAGGCUCUUGCCACCAAUCGACCUUCUCUUAAUGGUGCAGACUCUAUUUUCAUUCUUAUUGGCAAGACCGAUGAAGAUAAUCCAUACCACAAGAGUGCGGUUCUACACACCUGGCUGCUUGGUUACGAAUUUCCUACGACUGCACUUUUGAUUACCAAGACUGAAACAAUCGUCAUCACCAGUGCAGCCAAAGCAAAGUACCUUAAGGAUCUUCAGGCGUCGACUCUUGUAUGGACCCGCUCAAAGGAUGCAGAGCACAACAAGAAGCUUUUCCAGGAUUUAAUUGCCAAAAUGACAGAGGCUGGUAGUAACCUUGGUAUUAUCCAAAAGGACAAGUACGAAGGUCCCAUGGUAAAAGAAUGGAACGAAAUUUAUGGAGCUUCCGAAAAGAAAUUUACUGAGGUUGAUGUUUCCUCAGCCAUUGCAGAGCUUCUUCAACUUAAAGAUGAGGAGGAAUUGCGUUCUAUUAGAAAUGCAUCUCGAGCCAGUACUGGAGUGAUGACAAAGUUUCUUUCUGAAGAAAUUUCGACCAUUAUUGAUGAGGACCGUAAAGUUAAACAUUCUGCACUGUCAGAAACAGUGGAGAGCAAAAUUGAGGACGAUAACUUUUUCAAAAAAACUCUUAAAUUGGGAGACUCUCUUGACCCUAGCCAGUUGGAUUGGUGUUAUUCGCCCAACAUUCAAUCUGGGGGGAAGUUUGAUUUAAAGCCUUCUGCAAUGCCCGAUGAUAAUGUUUUGUAUGGUGGCGUUAUUGUAACUUUUUUGGGUCUCCGAUACAAGUCUUACUGCUCCAACAUUGGUCGCACAUACUUGAUUGACCCUACAAAGACCCAAGAGCAAAACUAUUCUUUUGCUGUUGCCCUGCAGAAGAAGGUUUUGGAGACAAUUACCAAUGGUGUCAAGGCGCGAGAUGUUUACAAGGCUGCCCAGGAUUUCAUUAAAGAAAAGAACCCUAAGCUUUUAUCACAUUUUCUCAAGAAUGUGGGAUGGGGUACGGGAAUUGAGUUCCGAGACACGUCACUUUUGCUUAAUGAGAAGAACCAGCACGUGCUGAAGGAUGGAAUGACACUUACUUUGGUUAUUGGGUUUCAGGACAUUCCUAAUGACGAUGCUCAGGAUAAUAAGAGCAAGGCUUAUAGUAUACUUCUUAUUGACACUAUCAAUGUGACUAAUGGAGCUCCUGAGGUAUUUACAGAAUCACCCAAGAGCCGAGGUGAUGUUUCAUACUACUUUAAGGAAGAAGAGGAAGCUAAGCCGGUCAAGAAGGAAGUUAAGAAGCCAGUAAAGUCUGCAAUUUUGAAGAGCAAGUUGAGAGGUGAGAAUAAGUCACAGGAGGAUGACCCUGAGGCUAAGCGAAAAGUUAAUCAGCGGGAUCUUCAUGAUAAGUUGCAAAAGAGUGGUCUUGAGAAGUAUGCAGCUGAAAGUUCUGGCAACAGUGAGGGGACCAAAACGACUUUUAAGCGGUACGAAUCUUAUAAGCACUUGAGUCAACUCCCGAAGGACAUGAAGGACUUGCGUAUUCGGGUUGAUGCAAAGAACCAGACGAUUCUUAUUCCGAUUAAUGGUCGUUUGGUUCCAUUUCACAUUGCUUAUUACAAGAAUGGUAGUAGCAACGAAGAGGGCGAGUAUGCUUAUUUACGUUUGAAUUUUAAUUCACCUGGCCAGGGUGUUUCCAAGAAGGAUGAUAUUCCAUCUGAGGUUGCGGAUGCACAGUUUGUUCGCAGCAUUACACUUAGGAGUCGAGAUGGAGAGCACAUUGCUGGUGUUUUUAAGAAGAUUACCGAUUUAAAGAAGGAAGUGUUGAAGCGGGAAGCUGAGAAGAAGGAGAUGGAAGAUGUUGCUCCUCAGGGCAAGCUGAUUGAGGCGAAGAACCGACGCCCUAUUCGUUUGGAUACAGUUUAUGUGCGACCUGCUCCUGAGGGCAAGCGUGUUAAUGGAUUGAUUGAGAUUCACCAGAAUGGUUUAAGAUACCAGUCUCCAAUCAAGAGCGAGUUUAACAUUGAGAUUUUGUUUAGCAACAUUAAGCACCUUUACUUCCAGCCAUGUGAUCAUGAAUUGAUUGUGAUUAUCCAUGCACACCUUAAGAGCCCCAUUAUGGUUGGAAAGAAGAAGACUAAGGAUAUUCAGAUUUACCGAGAAGCGACAGAUUUGGCAUUUGAUGAGACUGGCAAUCGUCGUCGGCGUUACCGAUAUGGAGAUGAGGAUGAGUUGGAGCAGGAGCAGAUGGAGAGACAGCGCCGGGUACAGUUGAAUAAAGAGUUUAAGCAGUUUGCUGAGGCGAUUUCUGAUGCUACUAAUGGGACGAUUGAUGUUGAGAUUCCAUUCCGAGAGCUUGGGUUCAAUGGUGUUCCAUUCCGGUCUAAUGUACUGUGUCAACCGACAACGGAAUCAUUGAUUCAGUUGAUUGAUCCUCCAUUUUUGGUUGUGACACUUAGUGAGAUUGAGGUUGUGCAUCUUGAGCGAGUACAGUUUGGGUUACGACAGUUUGAUAUGGUUGUAAUUUAUAAGGAUUUUACACGGCCUGUGACUCAUAUCAAUUCGAUUCCAAUGUCUCAGCUAGAUGGAGUUAAGGAUUGGCUGAAUAGUGUUGAUGUGCCAUAUUAUGAGGGACCUGUUAAUUUGAAUUGGCCUACUAUUAUGAAGACGGUGACUUCAGACCCACAUCAGUUUUUCAAAGAUGGAGGAUGGAGUUUCUUGACGCUUGAUAAUGAGGGAGGAAGUGGGCAAGAAUCACAGGAGUCUUCUGAUGAGGAGAGUGAAUUCCAUGCUUCUGAUGAGGAUCCUGAAGAUGAGAGUGAUAGUUAUUCUGAGGAAGAUAGUGACAUGUCUGAGGAAGGGGACAGUGAGGGGUCAUUUGGGUCAGAUGAUGAAUCUGGGGAUGAUUGGGAUGAGAUGGAUAAUAAGGCCAAGAAGCUUGAUACAAAGGGUCGUGGAGGGGAUGAUCGCAAGAGAAAGCGUUAA